UUUUAAAAAAAAACGAAAUUUUUAUUAAUAAAAUUCCUAGAGGAUUUCGGGAUGAUAAAUCUAUUCUCGAAAAUUCUGCCAUCGAUUGAAAAAGUAUUUAUAAGUCUAUCAGGAAACCCCUGUUUUUAAAUCCAAAAAUAAAAGUUUGGGAUAACUAUUCUAAGUUCAAAUAACAAACCAUGGGAAAAGAUUACUACACUAUAUUAGGCCUCACCAAUAAAAAGUCCACGGAUGACGAGAUAAAGAAGGCCUAUCGCAAGAUGGCGCUCAAAUAUCAUCCGGAUAAAAACAAAUCUGCCGGUGCAGAGGAGAAAUUUAAGGAAAUAUCCGAGGCAUACGACGUGUUAAGCGACGCCAAAAAAAGAGAGAUCUACGACAAAUACGGCGAAGAAGGUCUUAAGGGUGGAGCCGCCCCUGGGCCCGGCGGUGGGGCUGGUUAUCACUACGAAUUCAAGGGUGACCCGAGGGACAUAUUCUCACAAUUCUUUGGUGGCCAAGAUCCGUUUGCAGCCUUCUUCAGCGAUGGGGGCGGAGGACCUAAAGGCGGAACACGCGUUUUCUUUUCCUCGGGGGGUGGCGGGCCUGAAGGUAUGGACACGGGCGGUGGGGAUCCUUUUGAAGCACUAUUUGGCGGGGGCCAUGGGCAACACGUGGCAGGAGGAGGAGGAGGUGGAAUGCACAAUUUGUUCAGGAUGGGUGGAGGAGGUGGAGGUAGACCAGGUCGUCAAGGAGCUUCAAGACAAGGAGGAGGCGGAGCCGUUCAAGACCCGCCUGUCCUUCGCGACCUGUAUGUCGAACUAGACGAUAUACUAAAAGGAUGCACUAAAAAGAUGAAAAUAACCCGCACCGUCGUAGGCUCGGACGGACGCUCGACCCGUCUGGACAAGGUGCUGAGCAUAGAAGUCAAACCCGGAUGGAAAAGCGGAACCAAAAUAACUUUUCCGAAAGAAGGUGAUCAAACUCCAGGCCAUGUUCCUGCCGAUAUUGUUUUCGUGAUCAAGGAUAAACCAAAUCCAAUCUUCAAAAGGGAAGGCAGCGACGUUAAAUACACGGCUAAAAUUACGCUUAAGGAGGCCCUUUGUGGCACUACAAUACAAGUCCCUCUACUUGAAGGUGGUCCCAAACAAGCCUUAAGGUUAACGGAAAUCACAAAACCAACUACAACCCGCAGGUUACUUGGCAAAGGCCUGCCCAUUCCAAAAUCAUCUUCCAACAACAGGGGCGAUCUUAUAGUUGGGUUCGAUAUCGUUUUUCCGGAUAAGUUAACGGAUUCCGCUAGGGAAAUUCUAAACGAUACUCUGCCUUAAAAUGUCAACGAUUCAAUUAAUAUAAUAACAGUCAGGGGAAAUAAACAAAGAAAUUUAGGAUCAAUCAAAGAAUUUAUAUUUAUUGGUACAUUGCUGAAAAAAAUGGAAAUUAUUAUGAAUGUAACAUUGCAUUAUAAUAACUAUUUUUUAAUUUUAUUAUAUUUAUCUAGAUUAUGUAUUAUGAUG